UAAAAGCUUCUCCGAGGCGUCUCUCUCGCCAAGCCCUCAUGGCCCGCCCCCCUAUAUCUCUGCCCGCGCGCUUGCGUGAAAACUGAAAAGAACACCGUACCGCCCCCAAGUGCUUCAGAGAGGCCGGCCGGCCGGCAAAGAAGUUAAUUUAGCUGAGCGAGCUCUCGACCUCUCGUGCCGUGUGUGCAGUGUGUUCUUCUUCCUCCUCCUGUCGUCGCCUAGAGCUAGCUCUUUAUCAAAUUAAACACUUUUUGUCAAAUCAGUUCGUUCUGGAAUCCGUUAUAGUUGCCUGCUGCCGUCCUCUUCAAGUAGUGCAACAAGAAACAGGGAGCUUUCUUUAUCUUUUCUAGCAGUUGGAUAGGGUUAGGGUUUUCCGUUCUGGCCUUAUAGAUCAUCGGUCCCGAUUGAUCUGGGUAAGUGAUCGAGUAGUAGUAGUAUGGAAGCGUCAGUAGGAGCAGCUGGUGGUGGAGGGGGGAAGUCGAAGAAGGAGGAGGAGAGCCUGCCGCCGGGCUUCAGGUUCCACCCGACGGACGAGGAGCUCAUCACGUACUACCUGCGGCAGAAGAUCGCCGACGCCAGCUUCACGGCGAGGGCCAUCGCCGAGGUCGACCUCAACAAGUGCGAGCCAUGGGAUCUCCCGGAGAAAGCGAAGCUGGGAGAAAAAGAGUGGUAUUUCUUCAGCCUGAGGGACCGCAAGUACCCAACGGGUGUGCGAACAAACCGUGCCACUAACGCUGGUUACUGGAAGACAACGGGGAAAGAUAAGGAAAUCUUCACCGGUCAGCUACCAGCCACGCCAGAGCUAGUAGGGAUGAAGAAAACCCUGGUGUUCUACAAAGGAAGAGCUCCUCGGGGCGAGAAGACAAACUGGGUCAUGCAUGAGUAUCGUCUGCAUCACUCCUCUAGAUCAGUCCCCAAAUCUAAUAAGGACGAGUGGGUGGUGUGCCGGGUGUUCGCCAAGAGCACCGGCGCUAAGAAGUACCCGUCCAACAACGCGCACUCGCGGUUGCACCACCACCCGUACGCGCUGGACAUGGUGCCACCGCUGCUGCAGCACGACCCCUUCGCGCGCCACCACAACUACCCGUACAUGACCUCGGCCGACCUGGCCGAGCUCGCGCGCUUCGCCCGCGGCACGCCGGGGCUGCACCCGCACAUCCAGCCGGCGCCGCACCCCGGGACGUCGGCGUCGGCGUACAUGAACCCCGCCGCCGCCGGGGCGCCACCGUCGUUCGCGCUCUCUGGCGGCCUCAGCCUGAACCUCGGCGCCUCGCCGGCCAUGCCGCCGUCGCUGCCGCCGACAGCAUUCCACGCGACGAUGUCGAUGGCGAUGAGCGGACAGACGGCGGCGCCGAGUUGUGCCGGCACCGGUAAUAACCAUCGUCAUCAGGUGGUGGCGGGUGAGCACCAGCAGCAGCAGAUGGCGGCGGCGGGGCUCGGCGGCUGCGUGAUCGUGCCCGGAGCGGACGGAGGGUUCGUCGCCGACGCGGCCGCCGGGGGUCGGUACCAGAGCUUGGACGUGGAGCAGCUGGUGGAGAGGUACUGGCCUGCCGGCUACCAGGUCUAGACUCUAGUAGCUCGUAGAUGUGGAUCGGAGUGCAUGCGUGGCUGGCUGCUGGCAUGCAUGCUGCGCCAAAAGUGCCGAUCGAGCAACGUGUGACAACGUGAUGUUGGUCUAUGGAUCAUGUAUAGGUCGAAAUGAUUUGAUGUGUCUUUAGUUUAAUUAGUCCGCUGUUGUAGUCCAGUUUCUUGUUGUGAUUUAAGGUACUGUUUCGAACUCCUAGAGCUAAACUAAUAAUUAGUUAUGAUAUUAGCUGAUGGUGUUUUUGGAACCCAACAACUAAUUUUUAGUAGCUAACUAUUAGUUUUAGAGGUUCCAAGCAAAAGGUUUUAGCGUUGUCUGUCUAGAAGGGAUUGUUAGUUUUGUUGUCUGCUUGGCUUGUAGAAAUCAGAGGAUGGAUAGGUUGAUAACAUGCGUGUGUACCGAAAACAAGCUUGCUACUUAUGAGCUCAUACAUAACAUGAGAGGCUGGGGUGUACUGGACUA